AUGGCUGCGCAGACGCCUAUACAGAAGCUUAAAUGGUUGACAUCGUUACCAUCUGUUUUCACAGGUUUUAGAUCCUCGCCGACUGACGGGGAUUUAGUUAAUUACUAUCUCGACGAGAAUAUCCAGGGCUCCGAGAGAAGCGUUUAUGUCAUUCCUGAAGUUGAGUCUAAGGCUUUGCCAGGUAUAUCCGUCAUACAAUCGAACCUUGAGCAGUUCUACUUCUCUACCCUUGAUAAGAAGUAUCCGGAAGAAUCUCCAAGUGCGAGAACUACUCAAUCUGGUUAUUGGAAAGCUUCGGAAAAAGAAUGCAGUGUAACGUAUGCCUCAGAAAUUAUUGGUAAAAAGAGAACUCUGUUUUUCUACAUCGGUCAGGCACCAGGGGCGGAGAAAACUGGCUGGUUCAUGUAUGAACUUUCUUCCAUUGACAUACAGAAGCCCUUUGUUAUUUGUCGCCUGCGAAGGAGCAACGGGGAAAUGAUAGAUACAAGACUGUCACAGUUUGGGGAAGAAUGGCAAAUUAUUGAGCAGAGUGGUGAACCGGAGGAGCAUAAUCAGUAUGAGAAAGAGACGGGAGGGGAUCAUUUGUUCUUAGACAACAUUAACAUCGACCAUACUUCAAACGGACCAGCUUCAGACUCGGCAGAAAAUUUUUUCACAAAGCAGAACCAUGCGAGCAGUAGCAAAAUCCAAAAAAGGAAAAAUUCCGCAUCACAUUCAAAAAGAUCGGAUGGUUGGAACUUUGAUUUGACGAAUGUGCCCGACGAGGUUAGAUGGUUACUAGCUGAUGCAAAAAAUGACAAGUGGUGUGCAUCUAUUGACGAUGAAAUUGUACCAAAAUCAACAACUCUUGAUUGGCAAGCUUAUUAUUUCUAUGCCGCUAACCAAUAG